AUGCCACUGACAUCCGGCCAGAAGAACCUGGUCGACCAUUUCGUCGCCAGGACUGGGGCCGACAAGAAGAGGGCUGAGCGCAUUUCGGCCAAGGAUGACCCGGCUAAAUCAUUGUUGCUCUUCAAGUUACUCAAGACCUCUGGCUGGGACCUUGAAGCUGCUCUCAGAUCCCAUUACCCUCCCGGCUCUGGACCUUCCGAGACUGCUCUCAAGAGCCAGUUCGACUCGCUGCGAAAUGCUCAGGAGGACGCCCCAGAUACAAUCGGUGCCGAGAGCGCCAUGCAAUACCUCUCGCAGCUGGGCGUUGACUUCGAAGACGCCUCCAUGUUCGUCGCAUUACAGGUCCUCAAGGCAGAAGAUAUCGGCGACCUGAAAAAAGAGGGCUUCGUCAAGGGCUGGAAGGAAGCCGGCGUCGAUGCAAACAUCGCUGCCCAGAAGAACUACAUGACCAACCAGGUGCAAAGUCUGAGCCGUGACCCCAAGACUUUUAGGGAAGUCUACCGACACGCCUUUGUGCUGGGCAAAGAGGGCGAGGCCCGCGCCUUGACCCUGGAGAUGGCCACGACCUUCUGGCAGAUGCUCUUCAAGGCCCCCGGGCGUCCCUGGGUUGGCAAACAGACGGGUCUUAACUGGUUGGCCCAAUGGCUCGCGUUCCUCGAGGAGAAGUGGACUCGCACUGUGAGCAAGGAUAUGUGGAAUCAGACAUACGAGUUCGCCGUCAAGAGCGCCGACGACGAGUCCCUCUCGUUCUGGUCAGAGGAUGGCGCCUGGCCAGGUGUCAUCGAUUCGUUUGUGGCCUGGUACAAGGCGAAGCCCGCCGAGGCUAUGGAUGUCGACUCCUAG